CGGUUGGAACAGUUUUCCUGCUCAUCGAAUGUGAUCCAGAGUUUGGUUACGAGUGUAACAUUGUUGAACAUUUCAAGAAUACAGUUGUUGAUUAGUUAAGAGACUGGGACAAAUCUGAAAGUGAGCUGUGAUUUUGGGAGAAAGAAGUUUUUAAAAGUGACAUUUAUCGAAACGAGAAAUUGUUAUAAAAAAUCACGAGAUGGCAUACACGUUGAUUCUGGUGGCUUUGAUGAGCCUUCUGUCGGUGGUAUGCUAUCUGAAGGUUCUGUACGAGUGGCACCGUAAGGUUCGGGUGCAUACAGUGAAGUCGUCGCGGUACGCGAAGAGCCAACAGUUGGAGGAGAAUCAAACGCAAGAAGAUGAGCAAUCGCUCGUAGAUCUUCCUCAAGCGCCGGGACCGCACCCGUGGCCUGUGUUGGGAAGUGCGGUAAUCGGACAAUAUCCGGCCCCGUUCAUGGGGUUCACGGCCCUCGCGAAGAAGUACGGCGAUGUGUACAGUAUCCGCAUUGGCCAGGGUCAGUGUUUGGUGGUGAGCAGCCUGGAGCUGAUACGCGAAGUGCUGAACCAAAACGGGCGCUACUUUGGCGGCCGGCCGGACUUUCUGCGCUAUCAUCAGUUGUUCGGAGGGGAUCGCAAUAAUUCUCUUGCCCUGUGCGAUUGGUCCUCGCUGCAGCAAAAGCGACGCAAUUUGGCCCGCAAGCACUGUUCACCAAGCGACGCUUCCAGUUAUUACAAAAAGAUGAGCGAUGUCGGCGUUGCGGAGAUGCACUACUUCAUGGAUCAGCUGUCCGACGUGAUCACCCCCGGACAGGACUUCAAGGUCAAGCCAAUGAUCAUGCAGGCUUGCGCCAACAUGUUCAGCAAGUACAUGUGCUCAGUCCGGUUCGAAUACGACGAUUGCGGUUUCCAGAAGAUGGUGCAUAGCUUCGAUGAAAUCUUCUACGAGAUCAACCAAGGUUACGCAGUGGACUUCAUGCCCUGGUUAGCUCCAUUCUAUUUCAGACACAUGAGCAAAUUGAGCAGCUGGUCGAACUACAUCCGCGGAUUCAUUUUGGAGCGCAUUGUCAACGAACGAGAGCAGAAUCUCAGCGAGGACGAACCAGAGCGUGACUUCACCGAUGCCCUGCUCAAGAGUUUGCGCGAAGAUCCCUCCGUUACUCGAGACACCAUCAUGUACAUGCUGGAGGAUUUCAUCGGUGGACACUCCGCCAUCGGAAACCUUGUCAUGCUCGCCCUUGGAUACAUCGCAAAAAAUCCCGAAAUCGGCGCUCGCAUCCAAGAAGAAAUCGAUCACGUCACCGAAAAAGGUCUACGCAACGUCACACUGUACGACACGGAGAGCAUGCCCUACACCGUGGCCACCAUCUUCGAGGUUCUACGAUAUUCCUCCUCGCCGAUUGUGCCCCACGUGGCCACCGAAAACAGCUGCAUCGGCGGCUACGGAGUCCAAACCGGAACUGUCGUCUUCAUCAACAACUACGACCUCAACACCAGCGAGAAGUACUGGGACCAGCCGGAAAAGUUCGACCCAAGCCGAUUCAUCGAAAGCGCCACCAUGGCACAGAUCCGCUCGGACCUGGUUGGAUCCCCAACGGCCAGCGAAGACCUCAGCAGUAUUAUCAAAAACAACAACAUCGACUCGACGAACGAAAGCCAGAAGCAGAUUCUCCGCGUCAAAAAGAACAUCCCGCACUUCCUGCCCUUCAGCAUCGGCAAGCGAACCUGCAUCGGCCAGAACCUGGUCCGCGGUUUCAGCUUCAUCAUGAUCGCCAACAUCCUGCAGAAAUACAACGUCCACUCGAACGUCCCCGAACAGAUCAAGAUGAAGCCCGCCUGCGUGGCAGUCCCGCCUGACACCUACCCGUUGGCCUUCUCCCAACGCUCUCAGUAGAAUCACCUUAGCAGUAGCACCCAUUCCCAUUUUGUAAAUAACCCCUCCCCCCGCACCACACACCUCAUUCACAAUUCCCCUUCAUUAAAUUAUUUCUCGCUCACCCCCCAAAUGAACUAAAAAGUCCCGCCGUAGAUCUCGUCCCUGUUCCAUCGAGCAAUGCCAUCCUCCCAUUCCGUACCUUCACCGAACCCAGUCGUAGGCCAGAGAAAGCAGCGGACACCGCUUGACAAGUAGAACUCAUAUUUUAAACCACAAUGUUAUCUAGUUUGUAGGGAACGCUCCCGGAAAAAAACUCACACAUACAUACACACACAAACACACGAACACAAUCACUAGAAGUAUGGGAGAUGCGUACCGCAAAGUCUUGGAUAAUGGAAGUAAAUAUUUCGUUUUUAUAAAACAAACAUAUACGAUAAUGGAAUAAGAAAAGUAGUAUUAAACCCUAAUUAGGAAUCAACUUUCAUAUUUCGCGCUAGCGUAAGCCGCACGUGUUGAGAUGAGAUCAAGACUAUUUAUAUGAAUCAAAGGAAUCAAAACGGCGAACCGUUCGGGUUUGCCGUGGAAUCGGCUUCCGUGGGAGAGUAAAAGUACUUAGAACCUAGUUAAGGAAGUGUCGGUGAAUUGUUUUGUUUUGACGGAAUGCUAGGGUGGUCGAAAUGGUGACGUUUUUGCGCACCGGUUCGUUCGGAUUCGAACGCAUUUCGGAUGAAAAAUUCAACCGCACCAGCACUAGGAUUGCAUUUACAUUUUAGAUGUGUGAGGUUUGGUUUAAAUUGUAGUGAUUUGAUUUUUUUUUGUUUCGAAUAAGAACUAAGACUGAAUUGAUAAUUCUUUCAAAUCUGCUUGAAAGCGUUGCUUCAAAAUCGCAUAGGAAGAGAACAAUGUAUUGAGUACUGUAGUAUUAGGGAUUGGAUUAGAACAAGGAGAUUAGAUUUGAAAUCUAAUGUUUUCUGACUUUAGUAGGAGAAUUCUACACAAAGUUUGGCGGAUUUAUGUGAAAUCGUAAAGUAUUGUAUGAUAAUAAAAUAUUCCU